UCCGAGGAGAGUACGGAGAUUGGGAAUACGAGCGAUUUUAACCGAGAAAAACAGUCUUAUUCGUUUGUAACAAUGUGGUGGGGUUAGCCAGAGCCACCGCACUCGCAGCCUUUUAGACGAUGUUUGCAGAGGUAAGUCUGCACUGGCGGAAAAGACACGUUUAUCGUUACUGUAGUUUGUUUUCCAGUGAUAGACAGGGCUAGUUAGCUUGUAGCAGCUAGCGCCUUUAGCCCCGCAGGUAAACACAGAGCCUGAGCGGGGAGAGGACGGGCGGCACACAGCCUCUGUGUCUCUAGAAAGGCUGCCUGCCAUAAGUGGCAGUCAACCUGGGAUUACACAGCUAACGCUGCGUUAAUACACAGAGCUUAGGAUAUCUGUACUGUCAACACCGUACUGGAAUUAGCUCGACAUCGGCAAUGUCGGUAAUAUGCGUUUAGAUUAUGAGUAACGUCCCUCAACAACGAGUUUCUACAUCACAACAAACACAGGCCAGUCUGUCCAUCUGGGGAUGGGGGGGUCUUGGAGUCGUGCUGUUCCUCGUCACCUUUGGACCCUUUGCCAUAUUCUACCUGGCCUUUUAUAUCUUCUGCUUCAUUGGAGGGGGCUUUGCGGUCACGCUGCUCUAUGGAAAGAUCAACUCCGAGAAACACCUGGAGAAGUGCGAGCACUCUUACUUGCCGCCCACUCAAAUUGGUAUACUGAAGACGUUGGAUGAGAUGCGGCUGGAGAUGAAGCCGAUAAAGAUUGACAGGAGACUGACUGGCUCCAGUUUCAUAGAUGAGCCACUACAACAGGUGAUCCAAUUUGCUCUGAGAGACUAUAUCCAAUACUGGUACUACACUCUGAGCGAAGAUGAGUCCUUCUUAUUAGAGAUCAGACAGACGCUGCAGAAUGCCCUUGUCCAGUUUUCCACACGGUCCAAAGAGGUGGACUGGCAGCCUUACUUCACCACUCGCCUGGUGGACGACUUUGCCACCCAUUUACGUGUCUUUCGAAAAGCCCAGGAUCGCCUCGCUGACAGAGAGGACAAGCAAAGGGACAUAACAGACGAGCUGGUGGACUCGUUCUUUGAGGCCGAGGUGGAGAUGGAAAGGAAGAUUUGUCGAGAUGUAGUGUGCACUUCACACAAAGAUGAAGAAGGUUUCCUUCGGGACUUGUGUGAGUUGCUUCUGUAUCUGUUACUACCUCCUGGAGAUUUCCACAACAAAAACAUGAGAUACUUCCUACGGGAAGUGCUGGCGCGUGGUGUGCUGCUUCCUCUCAUCAAUCAGCUGAGCGACCCAGACUACAUCAAUCAGUUUGUCAUCUGGAUGAUUCGGGAUUCCAGCUGUAACUAUGAAGCCUUCAUGAACAUCCUGAAGCUGACAGACAAACCUCCUGAGCUGGAGGCCGUAAAGGACAAAGUGCUGGAGGAGCUGCAGUACCUCCGCUCGCUGGACACAGCAGGAGAUGACAUCAAUGUAAUCAAGAACCAGAUUAACAGUCUUCUGUUUGUGAAGAAGGUGUGUGAAACAAGGAUCCAGAGACUACAUUCGGGCAAGGAGGUGGAUGCCUUGAAGCUGGCAGCCAAUUUCGGCAAGCUGUGUGUUAUUCCGCUGGAUCAUAUCCUUGUCCACAACAUCGCCCUGCAGUUCUUCAUGGAUUUCAUGCAGGCAGCGGGGGCCCAGGCAGAGCUGUUCUUCUGGCUCACUGUGGAGGGCUACAGGGUGACGGCACAGCAGCAGCUGGAGGCGAUGCUGGGCUGGCAGAAAGAUGGCAAGAAGCAGCCCAGUGCCACCAAGGGGCUGCUGAAAGCCGCUGCACUGGGUGUCUAUGAACAAUACCUCUCUGACAAGGCGUCUCCCAGAGUGCAAGUAGAUGAAAUAUCAGUAAUACAACUGGGGGAGGCGCUACAGAAAGAAGACCCCACACCUGAGAUAUUUGACGACAUCCAGAGAAAGGUGUAUGACAUGAUGCUGCGUGAUGAGCGCUUCUACCCCUCCUUCAAGCAGAGUCCUCUGUACGUACGCAUGCUUGCAGAGCUGGACAUGCUGAAAGAGCCGAGCUACCGGGGAUCUGAUGAUGGCGACGGGGAAUCUUUCAAUGGCUCUCCAACAGGAAGCAUAAACCUAUCUUUGGACGACUUGUCCAACUCCUGCCAUGAUGAAACUAUGCACCUACAUGCCUUCAUCUCCGACACAGGGGUUUGCAACGACCACGGUAAGACCUACGCACUCUACGCCAUCACUGUGUUCAGACGCAGCCAAGACGGCAGCGAGGACUGCUGGAAAACCUACCGCCGCUACUCUGACUUCCAUGACUUCCAUAUGAGGAUCACUGAACAGUUUGAGAACCUGGCGUCGAUCCUCAAGCUGCCAGGGAAAAAGACUUUCAACAACAUGGACAGAGACUUCUUGGAGAAGAGAAAAAAGGACCUCAAUGCUUAUUUACAGUUGCUGCUGAACCCAGAGAUGGUGAAGGCCUGCCCAACUCUGAUUCCUUAUGUCUAUGACUUCUUGGAGAACAAGGCCUACAGCAAGGGCAAAGGAGAGUUUGCACGCAAGAUAGACACAUUUGUGAAUCCUCUCCGGAGCUCCAUGAGGAACGUGUCCAAUGCAGUGAAGGCCCUGCCAGACAGUCUGGCUGAGGGCAUGACCAAAGUCUCUGACAACAUGGGUCGCAUGUCAGAAAGACUGGGCCAGGACAUCAAACAGUCAAUAUUCAAGGUGCCUCCACUCCUCCCCAAGUCAGACAUCGACCCUGAACACUGUCGAGUCUCCGCUCAGUUAGACGAUAACGUCGAUGAUAACAUUCCACUGCGGGUAAUGCUGCUGCUGAUGGACGAGGUGUUUGAUCUCAAGGAGAAAAACCAGUGGCUACGCAGGAACAUUAAGAACCUGCUGCAGCAGCUCAUCAGGGCAACAUAUGGAGACACCAUCAACAGAAAAAUUGUGGACCAUGUGGACUACAUGACCUCACCAGAGCAGGUGGCAGAUUAUGUCAAGAAGUUUAGGGAUUCCUACUGGCCCAAUGGUAUUCUGGCUGAGACGCCACCCCGUCGGGACAAGAACAUCCGCAUGAGGACACGAGUCGCCGCUAAGACCAGCCUGCUGGGUAUCAUGCCAGAUGAGCUGAAGCACAUCAUUGGGGCGGACACCACGCGGAAGGGCAUACUGCGCGUCUUUGACAUGUUUCAGUACCAACCCAUGAACCGUCGUCUUGUCUACGUUUUCCUGGAGGGCUUCUUGGAGACCAUGUUCCCUCAGUACAAAUUCCCAGAGCUCUUUGUCAAGCUGCACUCCCGCUCUCCGCGUAUACACAGAUACAGCCAGAAACUCAAAUCCUCCUCCCUCAAAAGGUGACAGGAGAGGACCAAGGCAACGGAACACGGGCCAACGAGAGACACGCAGACUUGAGAGCUAAAAGUGAGAGUGUGGGGGGAGAGGGGCUUGAGGUGAACGUUGAGGUAUGUGUGUGUGAUUUCUGCCCCUACCGCUUACCUCACACACACUUUUUCAGUGAAAAACACUCCCAAUUAUCCAGCUGAUUACUUCUGUCAAGACAGAACUGAAGGUUGAAAAACACACACAUGCGCAAACACAAAAUCUGUAAUUUGCACCAAGACUGAACAUGACAGUCUUUCUUUUAGUCUACAUUAUGUUCCCCACCCCCUUUUUUUUUUUUUAUGUUGUUGUUGUUGUUGUUGUGCUUAGCUUUGGCUGGGCCAGUCAAUGCUGCUUUCUCACGGUCCAGAGAGCAGACCACAAAUACUGUAUUGUUUUUAAACUGCAGGAGUAGAUAGCAUAGACCCACACCUUGCCUUACCUUUCCCGCUUCUUGUCUCCUGGUCAGCACAGUCCCACCAUCUCAGUGAGCUGGCCGCUCAGCUGUAGUCAAACUUACCCUCAUGCUGUAGACGUUUUAUCUGCAAAAGCUGCAUACUUGUAAACGGCAGACAAUAAUUUUGUUUUCAUAGCAACCAAAUAUGUCAAUAGCACUGGGUUAAGAGGCACUGUUUUUAAAAUGUGACUGAACAAAUAUGGGUCGAAAGGAUGAUUUUUAAAAAGGUUUUUUGUCCAAUUUUUUUUUCUCCAGCCUCAGUGCUUCACGUGAGAUAUGAUGAGACUUUUUUUCCCCCCAGAGUGUUACAUCAUCUGUACCGCUCAUGAUCCUUAAAAAAAAAGAAA